GAUUUCAUGUCGCGAUGCUCAAUUCACUGCAGUCUUUUGUGAUGUUGUUGGUGCUGUCUCUGGUGAAUUAUGGACCCCUCAUCUGGCGUUCAGAGAUGCCUCGGAUAACAUUGUCCAAACAACAUGACGUCGGCCAUCCUCGGUCCUGGCCACAACGCGAUUCCAAGUCAACGCUUGACAUAUACCAUCUUUACAGCCUUUGCAGCUGACAGUGCGACGCGUUGCUUCAUCACUCCUAACAUAGCUCGACCAAUCUUACCUCGCUUUCAAGUUCCGAAGGCCUCAGCAUAUCAGCGAUGACUUCCCCUUCCGAGUUCCAUGGUUGGCUAGGCCACGAUAAGAAUGCCGCGCAGGGCAACAUGACCUGGUCAUCCUUCAAACCCAAGCCGUUCAACGACAUAGACAUCGAUAUCAAAGUCUCCCAUUGUGGUAUCUGCGGCACCGACAUACACACUCUGCGAUCUGGCUGGGGUGCGACACACUAUCCCGUAUGCGUCGGUCACGAAAUUGUAGGAAAUGUUGUGCGAGUUGGAGACAAAGUGAAGAACCUGAACUUGGGCGACAGGGUUGGCGUAGGCGCGCAAGCUUUCAGUUGCUUGAAGGACGACUGCGAGGAAUGUAGCGCAGGCAUCGAACAGCAUUGUACCAAGAUGGUUGGCACAUACAACGCCAAGUACCCGGAUGGAAGCUGGAGCAUGGGUGGAUAUGCAGACUAUGUUCGCGUCCCAGCGCAUUUCGCCAUUAGGAUACCAGCUGGGAUAAAGAGCGAAGAUGCAGCGCCCAUGAUGUGCGGCGGCAUUACAGUCUAUGCGCCGCUGAAGAACAACGGCGCAGGCCCUGGGAAAAAGGUGGGAAUUGUAGGCCUAGGAGGCUUGGGACAUUUUGGCGUCUUGUUUGCGAAAGCUUUAGGCUGCGAAAAGGUCGUAGCGAUAAGCCGACGAAGGAACAAAGUCGACGAUGCAAAGGCCAUGGGCGCAACAGACUAUAUUGCCACGUCUGAAGACGAGAAGUGGGCGCGCAAUCAUAGCCGGACCCUAGACCUUAUCAUUAGUACGGUAUCCUCUCCAGACAUGCCUCUUGAGUCAUACCUUCGCCUCCUUCGCACGGGUGGAUCCUUCAUACAAGUCGGCGCGCCCGAGGACAAACUCCCUCAAAUCGCUGCAUUUGGUCUCAUUGGUAAAGGAUGCAAGAUUGGAGGUAGCCAGAUCGGCAGCCCCAAAGAGAUAGAGGAGAUGUUAAAAUUCGCUGCUGACAAGGGGGUUAAGCCAUGGGUGCAAAAGCGCAACAUGAAGGACGCGAAUAAGAGUGUGGUUGACAUGGAGGAGGGACAUGCGCGUUAUCGUUAUGUUCUCGUAAAUGCCGAUCAUGGAGACAGGGCGAAGAUGUGAGCGUAUUAGGGUUGUCACGUCAUCUAGGCGAGCAUAUACCAUCCACGAAUCAAGCCACCACAUCAACUCUACUAUCGACUUGCUCAAACACAAAUCUUACCAGACGAUCCGAGAUUUCUGACGCUGGCGUUUGCUUCACAAACCUACACUGUCUCGGAGAUCCUCGUCUUCUUCGCAAGUCCUCUUGUAAUGUCUUACACCACACAGGUUGAUUCACGAUGCGCGUCAAGCCAGUGCUGUACUACCACCAUUGCCUCAUUGUGCACGCAGUGAAAGUGAUUCCGCAUUGCUUGGGUCAUGCGUGAGACGAAUCUCCUCCGCUGCCUCAAACCGUUACCCCAAUGCCUUCGUUCUCACUGGCUCAGAUCUCAGGGCCACCCAAGGUUCCACGUCUGCGCGAACCAAACGGGUUGAGUCGCACAGUAAAAGCUUGC